UCUGCGUCUGUGGACUGCGAAAUGCGCGAGGAGGACAAGGGCAUGCUCCGUGGUGGCGGCGACGGCGCGGGCCUGGCCAACGCCUCCGCGCGGGGGCAAGUGGACACUGUGCAGCAGCUCUUGGAAGCCGGUGCGGAUCCCAACGGAGUCAACCGCUUCGGGAGGCGCCCAAUCCAGGUCAUGAUGAUGGGCAGCGCCCGCGUGGCCGAGCUGCUGCUGCUCCACGGCGCGGACCCCAACUGCGCGGAUCCCGCCACCCUCACCCGACCUGUGCACGACGCCGCCCGGGAGGGGUUCCUGGACACGCUGGUGGUGCUGCACCGAGCCGGGGCGCGGCUGGAUGUGCGCGAUGCCUGGGGCCGCCUGCCCGUGGCCCUGGCUGAGGAGCGGGGCCACCGCGAUGUCGCCCGGUACCUGCGCGCAGCCGCGGGAGAUUGAUGGCGGGUCCAGCCAGCCGCCCACCAGGACAUUUCUUUUCUCCCCUGUGCCCCACGCCCAACUUAGUUCAAGGAAGGCUACGAACAUGGAGCGGCGCAAAGCCUGAAAGCCUUCCAGGAGCCUUGACUCACCGUGGGGGAGGAGAAGCAGACCGUGAAUAAAAUUUUUUUUUUCCUUUUUCUUUUUCUCUGGAUCCGGUCCUCACGCUCACCAGGAAGCAAGCGGACUUCCCAGAGAUUUAGGAGCUGAACGUGAAGCCCCCCGGUGUUGUUGACUUUUCAGGCUUUUCUGGCAAAAAAAAAAAAAAGUGGCCUGUAGAGUCUCUAAUGACCCGAGGUGCCUGCGAAACUUCACAGGAAAGACGCUGGUGUCAAGAGGGGCAAGCGGCGGCCACUGGCAUGUGAGUGGGGGGCGGGUGAUCCGUUCGCCCCUCUGACCUUAAGGGAGCGCCCCGGAAGCCCCUACUGUAAGGCGUUGGGCCCCCGGAGGCUGGAGGGGAAACCGGAAGGCCGAGGAGACUGAGGACACGAGGAGGACCGCAGACCUGGGCGCCACCAGGUGCCCAAGGCUUUCCACGCUGUGUGUUGCGCUGCAAAGCACUCACCUGCGAAGCGCUGCUUCCCGGAAGCCCCGCAGACAUGCGCCGAGCUCCACCGCCAGGGACCGGAGGACGCGAGAGCGCGGUGAAUUUUCCCACAGGUUCGAAAAUCCCUGAGCCAAGAUGACUCAGAACGGCUCUCGGAAGAGGGCUGUAGCCUGCCGUGUGUUCCUCAGAGGAGGGGAGACUCUUCGGGAGUUCCAGAAGUCAGCGAUCCGGAUGAAGUGGUGGAUUGCAGAGAGGGCAACCGCCUCCAUUAACCAUUUGCUUCAUCUGUGUACGACGGGAUACACCCCCCGCCGGAAGUCGGAAAAGAUUUGGAGAUGUUUGUAACUUUCGGGGUGUUCUUAACUUACCGGGGAGGCUUUAAGGAAGAAAGUAACUCCGUGGUAAAGAAGUGAAGAACUGCAGCUUUUAAAUGAAACCUUGGCACGCUGCCAAAGCCUAGACCCUUUUAUCCAUAACCUAUUUAUUUCUUUAAGUUUUCUGACCGUUUCCUUUACUAGAGUGUCUCGGGGGUCAAACUAUGAAAUAUUCCAAAUGUCUUUUAGAAAACCGAUGCACCCACCCAGUAAAUUAUCACGGGGUAUUUCCCAGAGGGCUGCUGAAAGAGUAAACUGGGUAUCAAACUGUUGAAAAUGUGUGAUGAUGGCUCACGGAAUGUCUUAAUAUCCGCUGAACAAACUAAAGGGGCACUGCUUUUGGGAUUUAAUUUCCAGUGCUGCUUGAUUCAUUACAGCAUUGGAACAACUGAUGCUUCAAUACUUUAAUAAAGAAAAAAAAAGCAAUAGAUUGGACUCCAAGGUCUGGCUAAUUUGUUUUAAAAAUGUAUGAUCAUGGAUUUACCACUAACUCCUGAGAAAUGUUAAAGACUCAAAGACGGUCAUUUCCCUCACUCUUUGUAAUGAUUAUUGAUAAAUGAUACCAACAACAAUUCAUUAAAAAAAAAAAAA